AAAUCCUAAGGGGUGCCAUGGGCGUGGGGUAUGGAGUUUAAAGUACCAGGGGAGUCGUGCUCACAUUAGGAGCAAAAUGAUUCAUGGCGUUUUGUUGGAUUUACUCCAUGUCACUAUGGUGCCAAGUAGGAUUGAGGUGUCAAAUGAGCUUAUUUUCCGUUAACAGAACCAACAGGCAAAUUAACUUAAUUAGGUAUAAAUUCAUCAGAGAAUGUACUAUAUAAGCAACUAGAGAACGCUUAUCUCGGUAAUGGACAAUAAAUACGAAAGCUGCACCCUGCAACAAGGGCUGGAAAAUGGACCUUGGCCGGGCUGAAGCCGGUCAGACCGACCCCCUUUUAGGCUACUCUUGGACAAAACUUUUGGGUUUUAUACCAGGACCAGGUCUUAAAGCCGAAUGGAAACUGUUAGACUCGGCAACGGGAUUUUACUAUACGCCAAUAUCUGCGUUGGAUAUUUUUAUUCUUUUUCAGAAAAAGGGAAAAUCAUUUUCAACGGAUCCAACGGUCCCGAUCAUCCUCACGUAUUUCAUCAGACCUUGCGCACGUUAGUCCCACGCAGCGAAACCCUAGCUCGCGGAGAGGCCUAUUUCUCCCGUAAGAUCAAAGAGGCCCUCUGACGCCGCUGCUUCCCUUCUUCGCUGACGCAGGCUUCCGAAACCCUAGCAGUAGAAGGCCAACUUCCCCUGCAGAAUGGCGCCGAAGAAGGAUAAAGCUCCUCCCCCAUCUUCUAAGCCGGCCAAAUCCGGUGGAGGGAAGCAGAAGAAGAAGAAGUGGAGCAAGGGAAAGCAGAAGGAGAAGGUGAACAACGCGGUGCUCUUCGAUCAGGCGAGCUAUGAUAAGAUGCUCUCCGAAGUUCCAAAGUACAAGCAGAUCACUCCCUCUGUGCUGUCUGAAAGAUUAAGGAUCAAUGGAUCACUGGCGAGAAGGGCAAUAAAGGAUCUAAUGGCGAGGGGUUCCAUCAGGAUGCUAUCUGCCCAUGCCAGUCAACAAAUUUACACAAGAGCCACCAAUACCUAGAUGGGUCUGGCCCUCGCUGAUUCUUUGGGGGUCGAUUCUCGUCUUGUUGGUACAUGAUGUUAUUUUUCAUAUUUGAAGUGUUAGUGAGUUAUGCUUUUUGUUUCUCUUAUAACAAAAAAAAUAGGCUUUGUUCUGUCGUUGAUUAAAUACUGCAGCAGCUAAAUGAAUUUUAAUAUUUUAUGCUAUGAUUUAGCAAAAAAAUUAAGA